GAUUGCACGUGCACGGAUUCGACAGCCCGAUCACCCCGAGGGACCUGGCGAGGAUCAGAGCAGAGGGCCGAACGCUGGGGGACUUGGUGAGUUCAGCGAGGGACCCGACCACCCCGAUGUUAGCCGCGGGAGCCGAUGUAGUGUACAUGUACUCUGACCCGUCAUGUUUGUUCUUCGCGGAGGAGGUUAACGACCGCCACUUGGGCAAUCGAGCUGAGGCCAUGGUCAUGGGCUCGAAGGCGCUCGUGCGGCGCGGUCUGGAGUGGACGACGGCGGAGCGGGUCUCCGUGGACAACAAGCUACGCUGGGUGCUGGAGAAGUUGGGAGGCGAGAGCCUCGAUUCGAGAUUGCUGUCUCGUAUGCUGGGCCCGAACGCCCAGACGAGUACGGCUCCGCUGAGUGAGGUCGUCACGUUGCUGAAUCAGUCGAUGCAGGCCGCGGGCGCCCCGAGCGAGCGAGGCCAGUCAUUCCUGGAGUUCGCCGAGAUUGUGGCGGCGUCUGGCCAGGAGUUUGACACGCAUGCAACUUUCUGGGGGUACGCUUAUCGUCAGGACGGCGCCCAGGCGAUUCCUGUGAUGCACCGUCACUUGCCGAUGUUCCUGCACAUGAUGGUGAGUUAUGAUAAGUUGAAGUUGUGUAACUUGGCGGCGGCGGAGUUCGCGGCACGCCGCGUGCUGAUGAUCCAUAGGGUGGUGCAGCUUGAUCCUCGGAACCCUCGUCUUGAAAACCUCAGUUCGUGUGUGCUCCACGCUCUGGGCAAUGAUGGUGGUGUGGUCGCCGCACAGCUCGAUAUGGAGACGGCUGGGGUGCGCAGGACUCAGGCACAGAUCAUGGAGAGCGAUCGUUUGUUGAGGGAGGGGCUGAGAGACUCGAAGCGCCAGAAGACUAACAACAAGGACAAGAG